CACGCCCCCUCCGGUUUACUCAAGUGCUCUUCACUAACCAACUCAAAUACGAAGAAAGUUGUGGCCACAAGUAGAGACUCUACAUGUUGAUAAGACACGUAGCAAAGACGUGCUGGGAACGUUUUGCUCUCUGUGUCUCGGCUCCAUUGGUUUAUGGAACGAGUCGUUCACAAACACACGGUUUGGCUGAAAGUAGAGCUGCCGUCUCGCUGUGGUUGUUCGUUCGGAUGUCGUGCACGUUGGUUGGUGCCUCUGGAGCUCGGGUCCCUCUAGAGGACGGACGAGCUGUGAUUCUGGGCCGGGGUCCGGAGACCGGGGUCGCCGACAAGAAAUGCUCCAGGCACCAGGUGAAGGCGGUGGCUUGCUAUGCAGACCAGGAUGUGGUUUUUACUCAGCUGGGUCCCAAUCCCAGUUUCCUGGACGGUGAGAAGCUGGGCCGGGGCCAGUCUGGUAAACUCGCCCAUGGAGGCACUCUCUACCUGGUUAACCAGAACCAUCCGUUUCAACUACACUACUCCCUGAGCUCAAAUGGUACAGCCUCCAGCUCUGCACAGAGAGGGCUGAAAGCCACUGAUAAGACUAAAGGAGGAAGGAACGGAAAAGUGAAAGAACAACAGUCGAGUCCGACACCUAAACGCAGCAUAAAGGAUUUCUUUUCUACUUCCCCCACAAAGUCAUCCAAAAGACGACUGAGCCCAGAGAGGGGGCACCCUGAGGUGAAGCGCCAAAGGGUAGAGGAGGAGGAGGCCUCGGAUGGUUGGAUGAAAGAAGAAGAGGAGGAGGAUGAGGAGGAGAGACUGGCAGAGGAAAAGCUCAAGCAGCUGCAGGAGUUGGCUGAGAAGUCCACGACAGAGAGGAGUAACAGCACCCAGCCUUCAUCUUCUUCAUCACCAUCAUCAUCAAAGGCCUGUGUAAAGAGCAGUUGGCAGCAGAUAGGCAACCUGAUGCUCUAUACUGCUGCUGGAGUCAGAGCGAGUGACAAGAUUGCUGGGUUUGACAUAGAUGGCUGCAUCAUCACCACCAAGUCAGGGAAAGUUUUUCCCACUGCACCAGAUGACUGGAAGAUUCUGUACCCAGAGAUUCAGCCCAGACUGGCCGCUUUACUCAAAAAAGGAUAUAAGGUGGUGUUCUUCACCAACCAGAUGGGGAUCGCUAGAGGCAAACUGAGACCAGAAAUCUUCAAGUCUAAAGUGGAGGACAUCCUCACCACGCUGCAGCUAUCUGUGCAGGUGUUUGUAGCAGCCGGUCCUGGUAUCUACAGGAAACCAGUUAUGGGAAUGUGGAAUCACUUGUGUGAGAAGGCUAAUGAUGGAGUCACUGUUGACAAGAGAAAGAGUUUUUAUGUAGGAGAUGCUGCAGGUAGACCAGAGAACUGGGCUCCAGGGAAGAAGAAGAAGGAUUUCUCCAGCAGUGACCGACUGUUUGCUCUGAACAUUGGCUUGCAGUUCCACACCCCUGAGGAGUACUUUUUGGGCUGGAAGAGCGCCCCCUAUAGCCUGCCUGAUUUUGACCCUAGGAAGCUUGACUCCACUGUCAGGCUGUACGACCCGCCAUCGGCCUCACUCACAUCCAGCCAGACAGAAGUCAUUGUUGCCGUGGGUUUCCCCGCAUCGGGAAAAUCCACUUUCUUCCAAACCCAUAUUGUUCCAAAAGGCUACGCAUAUGUCAACAGGGACACACUCGGUUCAUGGCAGAGCUGUGUGUCGGCGUGUGAGCGCGCUCUGAAGGAGGGCCGCAGUGUUGCCGUUGACAACACCAGCCCAGACCUUGAGUCUCGCAAACGAUACGUGGACGUGGCCAAAGCAGCAGGAGUGCCCUGUCGUUGUUUCCACUUUUCAGCCUCUCUGGAGCAAGCCAAACACAACAACAGGUUCCGUGAAAUGGCUCCAUCAGAUAGCAAACAUGUCAAGGUCAAUGAGAUGAUUUUCCACAGCUACAAGAAACACUUUGUGGCUCCCGCUCUCUCUGAGGGAUUUUCCGAGAUCCUCCAGAUCCACUUUGUCCCAAACUUCAAAGACAGCCAAUCAGAAACGCUGUUUAGACAGUUUUCUGAGGGCUGAUUGGACAGCUGGCUUUCUAACACCAGCAUGAUUUUUUUUUUCUUUUUACAUUUCAGCCAGGUGUAUGGGCUCGACGCUGACAUCUGUGCAGUCUCUGUACAUCCUGGCUUAUAAGAUUACUGUUUGGCUAAUUGACUCUAACUACAGACCAAGACCGGUGAUGUUAACUAGACAUAGAGCGCAGAAUCACAUCCUUCCAUUCAGUGUUAUACCCAUAUGAAUGUAC